AUGCCCAUAUAUUUUAAAGGAAAUCCAAAUGAUUAUAGCAAAGGAAUUCUUGCAAAAAGCCAAUUAUCUGGAGGAGGUCCUUUCCAAAGUUCUCGUUCUACUCUAGCUUCCUUUUAUAACGUAACAAAUUUAUUUAUCGGAGGCAACUUAACAUUCAAAAAUCCUUCUUUUCAUGGUUUGCAAGUUGACUAUUGCAAUAACGUUGCCAUAAUUAACAACCGAAUAUUAACAUAUGCCGUAACUAAUGGAGAUGGAAUUGAUCUUGGCAGUUCCUCCAAUGUCCAAUUACUUAAUAAUUUAUUGGAUACUGGAGAUGAUGCGCUUUCUUUAGCUGCCGGUGCUGGUCGUAUCGGCGAAAAUGGAAAACCAACAGAAUGUAUACUCAUGAGAAACAAUUAUAUUAGACACAGUCAUGGAGCACCGUCAGCUGGAAGCCAUACAGCUGCCUGGAUAAAAAAUUUACUCGUUGAGGUAUUUAGACAGAUAAAAAUUAUAGUCUAUUCGAAAGCUCCCAGAAAAGGGCUUCCAAGAAACAAAGAGCUAAGUUUAGCCAACUACCUAACUUAUUCGCUAAAGCAUAUGGAAAAAUGA